UUUCUGCACUAAGUCAAGGCACACAUUUCUCUUCACUACUGGAAAUGGGUACAAACUUUGCAGAGUGUGUAGAACUAAAAAAGAUGUCAAACUUGGGGCAACUUGACAGUGACUUCUACCAGUCUAAUUACACUAUUGAUGAUCAGGAGCAGAGCUAUAAUGAUGCUGGUGCCUAUGGAAAUCUUUACGGAGCUGGGGAACAACAAACUGGGGGGCGACUCCCGUCCACCUCUCCUGCUCCUGCGCAGAUGCUCACGUCACUGAGUUAUCCAGGACAACUUUUUCAGCCGGCAUCCAACUCGAAUUAUUACUCACAAUCACCUUACAUUGACAGCUUUGACGAAGAGCCUCCUUUGCUAGAAGAUAACCUUCAUAUCAUUGUCUUUGCCUUUCUGCAGGCGGGCAAAGUUCAGUUUGGAUACGUGUAUGGCAUGAGUGCCAUCGGCUGCCUUGGGAUUCAUGCCCUACUGAACGUGAUGAGUUCUGCAGGAGUGUCCUACGGCUGUGUGGCCAGCGUGCUGGGGUACUGCCUGCUGCCCAUGGUCAUCCUGUCCAGCUGUGCCAUCUUCUGCUCAUUGCAGGGCACCGUGGGGACCCUGGCAGCCCUGGUUGUCAUCGGUUGGUGCAGCCUCUCGGCUUCCAAGAUCUUCAUUUCUGCCUUAGACAUGGAAGGACAGCAGCUUCUGAUUGCCUACCCUUGUGCCUUGCUCUAUGGACUUUUUGCCCUUCUGACAGUUUUCUGAAGCAUGUUGGAGGCAGCUUUACAAGAAGAUUCUGUCUGCUUGCUGUUUGGAUUAUGCUGCAGCAUAGUAGCACUCAAAUUUGGUGACACGAUUUCUUAUUUAGUACUGUUGAGAGAAUAAUAGGCAGAGAAACACAACAACACUUAAGGAUGGUACUGUAAUGCUCUAUUUGCUUUGAAUCAUUGUUUUUCAGUUUGGCACAUUACAUUUUAAAAUGUUUUCAAAUAAAAUGAAUUAUACUUGCUACCCUAA